AUGAUGUGCAAAGGUUUUCGCACCACAGCCACCUCUGCGGCCAUCAUCCUUGCAGGCAUACCGCCACUAUAUCUUAGAGCCGAGCAAGAAGCUACAAUAACCAGAGUCCUGCAACUACGCAAAGACGCCACCUUCCACGAUACAACCCACAGUCCGACCUUAUAUGAAAACCCUCGCCCCACCCAACGCCCACACCCAGGCAUUCAAGGAAGAAACUUCCGCAUCACCAUAGACAACACUAGCAAUUCUAGUAUUCCCAACGCUACGUACGUCUACUACACCGAUGGAUCCAAGAUUGAAGACGGAGUUGGUAGCGCCUACAUUUGCUACCACCAAAAUGAUGAACAUACCAGUUGGAAGGCAGCACUUCGGCACUUCAAUAGUGUGUUCCAGCAGGCAGAAGCCUUGGCCAUCCUCAACGCCACCAACGACAUACUAAGUAACGGCUACCACCAAGCAUGCAUCUGUACAGACAGCCAAUCUUCACUCCUGGCGAUUCAAAACUUAAGCCACACCUCCCCAAUUAUCUCCGAAAUCCAAAAGCUACUCUCUGUAAACCACCAGCAACGCAUUCACCUCACCUGGGUCAAGGCGCAUGCUGGUCUAGUUGGAAACGAGGCAGCAGACACCCUAGCCAAAGAAGCCGCCGCCAUCAGUUCUGAAGUUCAGCAAAUCCGUAUCCGUGCACCACCAUCGCAUCUAAAGAGGCUUCUCAAAGAAGACCUACUCAAAAUAUGGCAAGAGGAAUGGAACGCGUGUGACACCGGACGACGGACCUACAAUCUCCUACCCAAAGUCUCUCUAUCACGCCUCAUAGCUAUACCCCAACUCACCCGGUUCAUAACGGGACAUGGCCCCUAUCCAGCGUAUUAUUAUAGGCACAACAUCUCCACUACAGAUGCUUGCGUGUGCGGUGCCAACCAACUUGGAUCACCAGACCACUAUAUCUACUCUUGCCCACUCACAGCAGACAACCACAUUAAGCAUCCCACUCCUCCUACAGACGCCUUUCAACGGUUCAUUAUUAAAAACAAACCUGCAAUCAAUAAAAUCUGUAAGGUCAUUGACCAGCUCGCCGCUAUGGGCCAAGAUAUAUGCGACGCUGCAUAA